CCUUCUUCCUCUCUCAGAGGGAAUAGAGAGGCUUGUCUGAGAAGAGUUGAGGCACUUCAAGGAUAGAAACACGUUAAAGGAACGCGUCUGAGACCGCUUUUUACGCGACUGUUAAUACUUUCCCCUUCACCAUAAUCCAAGGUCAUUCACUCUUUACUUUCUUCAGGUAACGGUAAUUAAUUGUACAUACAAUACAAGAAAGGUAGAUUCGUUCGCGUAUUAUAAGGCUGUGCGUAGCAGUUGUCGGCUCUUAUCGUUUUAUUCUCUGUGUAAGUUAGAAACGGAGAUGUCAGGCUCAUCAUUCAACCUUGGGACAGAAAAGCCUGUGCAAAGCGCGGAUAUCGAGAUGCCAGACGCUCCUGACGAAAGCGUGGAUAUCGAGAUGCCAGAUGCUCCUGGGGACAGAAAUGCUGUUAGCUCUGAGGAUGGCAUCAAGCAAUCUGGCUGUGGUAGGCCCCCAACAUCCUCUGCUGAUCAGGGCAAUUUGUACAAUAGUAGCGAUGCUGUGUCUCGCGGCGGGGAAUCAAUCCCGCGUGGCCAGGACGGUCCAACAUCCGUAGUAAGUAAUAGAGGAGGUUAUGUUAUUCGAUCUGCCCAACCCAUUUCUCUCUAUUCUCUUAAUGCACUGGAAUUGGCUGCCUUCAAAGCCAUACGUGCCGCCCGGGAACAUCAACGCUCUCGUGGUCUAACACCGGAUGGUGCUGUUGGAUACGAAAGUGAAUUUUGGAAGGCGUGCGAAGAUUACUAUCGUACAGCUGGCCAGAACGAAGUCUGCGCGGAGCGCGAGACAUUGGCGGACGUGGACUCGGUCUAAGUCAUGGAAUUGUUUCAGACUGUGAUAGAAAUGGGGAAGUCAUUUGGACUACGAUAUAGAUGGGGAAUGAGGAAUAAGUCUUAGACACUCGUUAGUACACAGGAUCUAGAUCUGCAAACUGAGAAUGAAUAAGUAGAUGAAAGGGCAUUACGAUGCUAGAAUGUUAUUAUGCUAUUUGUGACGUGCCUCUUGUGAUAAUUGUUAACUACAAGCCUCGAUG